ACAGCACAGGACAGCAGAGGGGUCGAGGGCUUCCUCUGGGACCUGAGACACCAGGAUGGACGGUUCAGAUUAUGGAAUUGGAGCAAUGAGGAGAGGAAGCUAUGAUGAUGGUGCAGCUUCACUGCAUCCCCACCUCAGACACUUGGCUCAGAGACGGCGCUCAGCUCCAUCGCUGGUCUUUGGGAAGGCUUUGGGGAUGCCAUGGUCCCCUAUCAGGGAGGAGGGUCCCUGCUGGGUGUCUGUGGAGCAGAGUCCAUUUGUCCUCGGCCUCACCAGCGAGAACGGAGAGCUGCUGCUGGACGAGUGCGUUCAGGUCAGCGAGGGCUCAAAAACCAGGGAGAGACACCUGUUCCUCUUCAGCGACGUGAUUGUCUUCGCCAAACUCAAGUCGCCUGCCAGCUACCGACUGAAGCACAGAGUCAGUCUUGAGGACGUCUGGCUUUACAGUUUCGAGGAUGAACCGGAGGAAGAGGAUGGACUGAUUGGUGACAUUGACCUCAGGCUGACCCUCAUCCUGGCCUGGGAUCUCACGUUUUGUCUGGUGUGUUUUCGCUCGCCUGAGGUGAAAGAACGCUGGUUAGAUACUCUUCACAGAAAAGUUAAAGAAGCAAAAACGAGGACCGGUUCUUCUUCUUUUCCGCCAGACGUCCUGAUGAAGGUGUUGAGUGGCAAUAUCACAACCAAAACUCUAACAGGAGGUGGCAUGGAAGAAUUGAUUGAGUUUCCACUCGAUGGCAACGCGAAGAUCUGCGCUGUGUCGAAGCAGUUGAAUAAUCAAGAGGACAGGCAGAGACAGCCCACUGACACCAAGUGGAACGUGGUGAGGAGGAGGCUGUCAAAGGGCCGCAAAAAGCGACCAGAAAUAGAAAACAAGAUUCAGCUGUUUGGAGAGCCCCUCCACAAGAUAUGCCCAGACGAUUGCUCACUUCCCAAACCAGUCACAGAGCUGCUGGUGCUGCUGAGGAAGAAAGGCCCCUCCACAGAGGGAGUGUUUCGGAAGCCAUGCAACAGCAAGAGCAUGAAAGACAUCAGAGAGCAGCUGAACAGCGGCGGCAGCGUGGACAUGGGCGAUCUGCCCGUCGUUCUGCUCGUCGGACUGCUCAAAAGUUUUCUGAAGGAGCUUCCUGGCAGCCUGCUGAGGUCAGAGUAUUAUGACAAGUGGAUGGCGGCUCUGGACAUUGAAGACACCCAGCAGAGAACUCUGGAAAUCACAAAGGUGGUAGAUGAUCUCCCCGGGCUGAACAGACUCCUCCUGCAGCAUCUGAUCUGCGUCUUCCAUCACAUCCUGGAGAGUGCAGACAUCAACAAGAUGGAUGCCUACAAUCUGGCGGUGUGCAUCGGCCCCACGCUGCUGCAGCUGGAUGACACCUCGCUGGAGGAGCAGAAGGAGAAGAUGCAAAAGGUGACAGAUCUUACUCAGUUCCUGAUUGAGAACUGUGACAUUCUUGGAGAGAAUACCAAAGUCUUGCUGGACACCGAUGAAGACUCCGUCUCCUGCCAGCAUCAGGACUCUGCGUAUGAUAGCACCGACCCAGAUGGAGAUGCAGAGGUGGGAGAGAAUAUCAUGUCCACGUCUACAGAAUAUGGCUCUACUUCUUCAUCCUCAUCGCCGAGCCCCAGCACGACAACCUCUUCUUGGUCCGAUGCUGUCUUCAACACAAAGCCAGAAUUCAACCGCCGGUGCUCCGAGCCCAUCAUCCUCCUCUCGGACGAUCUCAAGGGCCUGUGCAGCCACGCCAGGAGCCACGAGGACUGCUCCACAGAAAAGGCAGAUUUUGGCGAGCAGCCUCUGAAAAAGCAGAUCUCCGAUGACUCCUUCUUGCUCAGAGGCCGUAGCGUUGCCAGGCCAACUAUGCCUUUCUUAAAAUUGAACACCUCCAAUGGAGAUCUGCAGCCCUUCAUGGGCAAAGACUGUUCUUGCUCUUCCCUCGAAAGCACUACCUCUAACCAUUCAGAGAGCUCUGUUUUCACUAGUUCCCCAAUGGUGUCACCAGGAUGCUCGAGGAAGGCAAAGGCCAGCAGCCAGCCUUCAGUGGCUGUUAAGGGACAGCAGGAGAUUUCCAAACCAGAAGAAAGGAAGCGCUCUCAGUCCAUGAGAGUUGCCACUAAAGUCCUAAUGAGGACCAGGAGCUUAGGAGCCUUUAGCAGAAGCAGCCAGAAAAGAGACUCACAGAAGGAAAACGCCUUCCCCUGUGAAACCCUCCAGGAGGACUUACAGAGUGAAGCUGACCCACCAGCCGAGCCUGUGGACAGACCACGCCCUCUGUCUGCGAUUGAAGUUUUCAAGCAUGUGGACAGCAGGCAGCCCUGCAGCCCUCCAUCAUACGAACAGGCGGUGCAGAAUGUGGGUCCCCCCCCACAGUAUCGCUCACUGACUGUAAAGGAGAUGAGGAGCAGGUCUCGUCCAUCCUCUGUAAAUUAUGACUCUAAGCCUCAGUGCAUCCAAAUUCAGGAAUGCAUUCCCCAGGAAUCAGACAUUGUCAAUCUACGGCAGCCUUUCCGCCAGAGAGCCAUGUCUGAGUCUGUGUCGACGCGUCAACACGAUGUCGUGUCACGGAGAUGCAGCCAGCCUGUGUUUGAGGAACUUUCCUAUGCAAAGGAGUCUUACGUUUGAUUGACUUAAUAUCUGCCUUGCAGAUUGGAUUUUGUCACAAUCUGCAAAUAUUGUAGACAGAAAUAAUUCACAGGCAUGAAUUACUGGGAGCAAAGCUGAAAGCCAGCAGCAACCCAAGCUUGGUGCACAAAGUCCAGUGUUUUUAUCGUUCACUGUUUCACUUUGGAUAAAUGUCAGCUAUGUGACGCCUUUAUGGCUGCACAUUCUCAGUAGUACUGUUAAGAGUACAAGUAUUAACUUCUGUGUAGUUACGAUGAUAGAUAUUUAGUCUAUCACAAUGAAGCUAUGAACACAGUUUGCUGUGGAGAAAAUAUGCUACGAAUUUCUAUGUUUCGUCUCAAGUGUUGUUUGUUAUGGUGAUAUGUACAGUAUAGUAUAAUAUAUGUUCACUAUGGUUUUUGUGUGUUUGUUUGUUUGCUUUAUGUGAAUCUAAUUCAUUGUAUAAUUCAUUUCUUAUUCUUCCACUACAUUAAAGCACUUUUCUGAUCAUUUUUUUUUGUAUUUGUAUGCUGAAUUGUACAUAAAGUAAGCUAGCAAUGUAUGUAAUCUUUAUCAAUGAGUGUUUUGGUGCCGUAAAGCGUGUGGUUAAACAGUUUUAAGUAACAAAGUGAAAAGAAUAUAAGAAUGCAAUAAAAACAAUUCCAAACUAAA